GGCGGGGCUUUUCCAAUCUCCGGGGGCCCGGUCUGUAGCGUAAGUGGCGGGGCCUGACCGCCCACUGGGAUCCUGAACGCGCUACGGGCGUGAUCCCCACGCACAUGGCACGGCACGUGUUCCUCACCGGGCCGCCAGGAGUUGGAAAAACAACCUUAAUCCAGAAGGCAAGCGAGAUCCUGCAGUCUUCCGGGGUGCCUGUGGAUGGGUUUUACACCCAAGAAGUCAGGCAGGGAGGGAGGAGGAUAGGAUUCGAUGUGGUCACCCUGUCUGGAGCUCGGGGGCCUCUGUCCAGAGUCGGGUCACAGCCUCUGCCUGGAAAGCCUGAGUGCCGAGUAGGGCAGUACGUGGUGAACCUGGCUUCUUUUGAGCAGUUGGCACUGCCUGUCCUAAAGAAUGCAAGUUCCAGCAGUGGCAUGGGGCAGAGAGUGUGUGUCAUUGAUGAGAUUGGAAAAAUGGAGCUCUUCAGUCAGCCUUUCAUCCAGGCCAUCCGCCAGACACUGUCCAUGCCAGGGACUGUCAUCCUGGGUACCAUCCCAGUUCCCAAAGGGAAGCCGCUGGCCCUGGUGGAGGAGAUCAGGAGCAGGCAUGAUGUGAAGGUGUUCAGUGUCACCAAAGAAAACAGAAACAGCCUCUUGCCAGACAUCAUGAGCUGUGUGCAGAGCAGUAGGACAUGAAACUAGUUGGACCCUGCGCCGAUGCCCGGGUCCAGCUCUGCCUGCUGGUCAUUGCCCAGUUCCUCUGCCUCUGCAUGGAUGGACCUUGUGUCCCCUACCCAAGAAAGCUGGACAUCUGCUUUGCAAAAGACGUCCACAGCAUCAGAUUAGCCAGUGCCGCAUGGCCACUGUGUCUUUCGUAUGCCUCAGCAUUCUGUUUAUCUCCUCUUGCAGCCAUGUGUGUGAUUUGAGUAAAUUAUAAAACGAGA